AUGAGCCUAAAUCCAACUAAUCUAUCACUAGGUGGACUCGGUCCUAGUAGUAUAGAGCAAAUCCUACGACUUCGGCAAGAACGUAAUCAACGGAUACCGAAAUGUGCCCGUUGUCGGAAUCAUGGCACUGUUUCAGCAUUGAAAGGACAUAAGCGUUACUGCAAAUGGAAAGAUUGUUUGUGCGCAAAAUGUACACUAAUUGCGGAACGGCAAAGAGUGAUGGCAGCGCAAGUUGCGUUACGACGGCAGCAAAGUCAGGAUGAGAAAGAAAUUAAAGAUUUAGAAAUAUUGCUGGGUGUCGAAAGAGCUGGAAAACUAUUAAAAUUCAUACGACAAGGUGAAACAACUACCAGCGACAGUAGAAGUGAAGGUGUACUUUGUGGUGGACCGUCACUUGAAGAAGAGGACACAACGAAAUCGCCGCAAUUAAUCGAUUUGCCAUCAACAUCAUUAAUAAAACCGAAGAUAUCUUCACCAAAUACAUCUACCAGUCAGGAACAUCCACCAUUUUCAUCAGCAAAUUCACGUCGACGAUCUGGAAACAAUGAUAUAGUGGACCCGGAAAGCAAUAAGUCUCGCUCACCACUUGCUGUAGCAGAACCUACCGAACUUCAACAACCGAUUUGGUCUGCGCAAUGGUCAAAUCCAUUGAAUUUUUGCAUUCAACCGUUGACACCUCUUCCGUAUCGGCCGCAACAUUUUGGACAAACUGUUUUCCCAUUCGGCUUUGGUUGUUAUCCUAUCAAUCCAACUAUGCUAUACGCGAAAUCUCCAUUUUCCAAUAUGCCUGAAGGUGCAAUUCCACAAAUAGCAUAUCCAUGUGAUAGCACCACACCUCAAUCCCCUACACAGUUCCCGUACAAUUCGCUUCCACCACUGCCACCAGUACAAGUAAAUCCUUUGGAUUAUCGACAACAUCUCAAAACUUCCAACUCGAAUGAAGACCUCCUUGAUGAAUGA